UUCUUUUUUCUUUUUUUUUUUUCGUAACAUCUCCUUUCAUUCCAUCAGAUAUUUUUUUUUCCUUUUUCUUUUACUCACCACUUUCUUUUUCUCUCUCUUCAUUCCCUUUUUUUUUUCUUCCAUCAUCAAAUAACAACAGAGAAACACCAUACUUUUUUUUAUUCCUUUCUUUUCUCUUUCUCUUUACGAAAGGAAUCACGCUUUUUCAAACCCCCAUACCAUUCUUUUCUAUUGUCUUCGCACAGGACUUAUUGUUCUUUGUUACGCUUAUUUUUUUUUAUUAUAUUUAUUAAAAGUGAAAUAAUCAGUCCUCCUUUCUUCGUCAGUAUAUUUCAGUAGCAUCGAAAAAGAGAUAACGUACACAUGUGGAUCAUAUCGCGAGUCUUUGGCGAAUCACGAUGGACGCGUGCGAUCUUUUGCAAUGUCAUUAUCCAAGCCCUGCUAGCCAUCGUCUUUGAAGUGAUCAUCUUUAACUACCUGUCGAACGAAAUCGACAUCAUCAACGAUCGUCAAUUCGAUCAGAAACAAUUCGGCAUCAGUCUGGCCACUGCGUAUGCCAAUGCGCGAUCUUUAUUGGUGUACUUUGUCUUGUUUAUCGUUGCCCAAGUAUUCACCGUCAUCCUUGUCGUUGAUGCCAUUUACCAGAAGAAUACCAUCCAAUUAAUUGCGCUGGUCGCAUUUGAAUUGGGCAUGAGUGCGUAUUCGGUUAUUCAGUAUCAUCAAUCGUCCACCUUAUUCAACAUGAACGAUGGCACCGUCCAGUUGGCCGUCACCUAUCUUGGGGAUGCCUAUCAUGCUUCCAAGUGGGCCGAGAUAACUCAGAUCUGCGUCGUCAUUCUAAGUAGUCUGAUCUUUUGUUUCCUUGCCUACAAGCUUUAUCUCGAAUUCGGUUGGCAUAUUUACAAAAAGAUUGGUGCCGAUUUAGCCAUGCGCGAUCGAUAUAAAAUGUACCAGAUUUUCAUGAUGCUGCUCAAGUUUGAUUUCUUUUUCUUUCUGGGACUUUCGGUUCAGUAUUUGGCUCUGUUGAUCGUAGCCUGGUGGCCUGAAUCCAAAACGCCAGAUGAACGGUCGAGUUUGGUCGUCGAACUGAUCGAGCACGUGUUACUGAGUUGCGUCGUUUCCAUCGUCAUGCUGGUGCUCGCUUUCUAUGGUUUACGACUCGAGAAAAAGGUGCACAUGUAUCUGUUCAAUAUUCUAGCCCUGACGAGUAUGGGCUACUACAUCUAUUUGCUUGUGCAAAUUUCACAAAAUCCAGAUCGGUUCCUCGGCUCCAAAGCUUUCCUUACCUUCUUUUUAUGUGUGGAUUUAGUCCUUAUCUUGGUCUCGGUACCAGUGUCGAUCAUUUGUACGCGAAACUUUAAUUUAGGCUUGAUGAAUCACAUCUCUCACGCCACCGCAUCCAGUACGGGCGGCCAUUCGAUGAGCCCCAUGGGACUGGAGAAGGCGAGUUCCAGACGCUGGUCCAUCGAAUAAUGAUUCCCAUUGCACUAUUUCAUUUCAACCAAUAUUUUUUAUUUUUUUUUCUGUUUCUUCAUUUUCAUUUCGAAUUUCUAUGAUGGUAGAAAAAACCCGCCUACUUCAUUUUUGGCCUCUAGGCAUUCAUGUGUGUGACAUGCUUCUUUUUAUUUUCCCUAGUAUUAUCUACUUUAGAACUUCUUCUACCAUGCUACAUUACACUUUAUUCCGAAAUUCAUUGUAGUAAUUUGAAAAUGACAAAGAAAGCAAAGUCAAGAGAAUGUCGAAAAGGUAAAGAGUU